AGUGACACGCGUGGAGGAAGUUCAGUGACAGAUUUGCAGCAGCAGCUCCACGCAGAACCGGCUAAACUGGGCUUUUUCUAAAGUAGUUUUUUUUUGCUGCUAACGGUAAGAUGUCGUGGUUGUUCGGACUCAACAAGGGCCAGCCGGAGCCGCCUCCGGGUUUACCGCUGGAGCCUCCCCCUCCUCCGCCGGCCGGAGGCUCCGGCGGCGGGGGAGAUAAACCCAAGGACAAAUGGAGCAACUUCGAUCCCACCGGGCUGGAGCGGGCUGCCCAGGCGGCCAAGGACCUCGACAAGUCCCGUCAUGCUAAAGAAGCUUUGGACUUGGCCCGAAUGCAGGAGCAAAGCACUCAGCUGGAGCAUCAGACUAAAUUGAAGGAGUACGAGGCCGCGGUGGAGCAGAUCAAAGGUGACCAGAUACGACUUCAGGGUGAAGAGAGGAGGAAAACUCUGAAUGAAGAGACCAAACAGCAUCAAGCGAGAGCUCAGUACCAGGAUAAGCUAGCCAGACAGCGAUAUGAGGACCAACUGCGACAACAGCAAGCUUUAAAUGAGGAUAACCUUCGCAAGCAGGAGGAGUCUGUGCAGAAGCAAGAGGCUAUGAGGAAAGCAACAAUAGAGCACGAGAUGGACCUGAGACACAAGAAUGAGCUCCUGCGCAUAGAAGCAGAGUCUAAAGCUCGAGCCAAGGUAGAGAGAGAAAACGCUGAUAUAAUCCGCGAGCAAAUCCGCCUGAAGGCUGCAGAGCACCGACAGACCGUCCUGGAAUCCAUAAAGACUGCAGGUGCUGUGUUUGGAGAAGGAUUCAGGGCUUUUGUGUCGGACUGGGACAAAGUCACUGCCACGGUGGCAGGAUUAACUCUUUUAGCUGUGGGAGUGUAUUCAGCUCGAAACGCAACAGGGGUGGCAGGACGUUACAUUGAGGCCAGGCUUGGGAAGCCGUCUCUAGUGCGGGAGACGUCCCGAUUCACUGUAGCAGAGGCAAUCAAGCAUCCCGUCAAGACGACCAAAAGGCUGAAGAGUAAACCCCAGGACGCCCUUGAGGGAGUUGUGCUCAGUCCUACCUUGGAGGAGCGUGUGCGUGACAUUGCCAUAGCAACAAGAAACACAAGGCAAAACAGGGGGCUGUACAGGAACAUCCUCAUGUACGGCCCCCCAGGGACAGGCAAAACGCUGUUUGCUAAGAAGCUGGCAGUGCAUUCUGGAAUGGAUUACGCCAUAAUGACUGGUGGUGACGUUGCACCCAUGGGCCGCGAUGGGGUGACUGCUAUGCACAAAGUUUUCGACUGGGCCAAUACAAGCCGGCGCGGACUGCUGCUUUUUGUUGAUGAAGCUGAUGCAUUUCUGCGCAAAAGAUCAACUGAGAAGAUUAGUGAAGACCUCAGAGCCACUUUGAAUGCAUUCUUGUAUCGCACUGGGGAACAGAGCAACAAGUUUAUGUUGGUGUUGGCCAGUAAUCAGCCAGAGCAGUUUGAUUGGGCCAUAAAUGACCGCAUUGAUGAAAUAGUGAAUUUUGCCCUGCCGGGUCCUGAUGAGAGGGAGCGGCUGGUGCGGUUGUACUUUGACAAAUAUGUACUGGAGCCGGCCACUGGGGGGAGACAGAGGAUGAAGCUGGCGCAGUUUGACUACGGCCUAAAGUGCUCUGAGAUAGCAAAGAGGACAGAGGGAAUGUCGGGAAGAGAGAUCUCCAAGCUGGGUGUUGCCUGGCAGGCGGCAGCAUAUUCUUCAGAGGAUGGUGUGCUGACGGAGGCUAUGAUUGACGCCCGCGUCGAUGACGCCGUCAAGCAGCACCGUCAGAAGAUGGACUGGCUGCACGCGGAGGAGGAGGUUCCAACGAAGAUCCUCACACCAGCAGCAGCUGGGGCGGCAGGCGGUGUAGGAAAAAUGGGAUUUACUUUGCCCCUGAGUGAGACGCCUCAGGCCCGGGAGGUGAUCGCUCUGCUCCUUCAGGAAGAAGCAAAACAAAGUUUGAAAAGUGCUGCUCCAGCUGCACGAGACUGUGAAGAUGCUGCCAAAGCAGAAGAUAAGACGACGGAGAAAGACCACAAUCAACCUGAUGCCUCAACUUACAGCGACAAGACUGGUUCCUCUUCUCCAAAGGAUGGAACUCCUGUUUGAGAUUUAGCGACUGCUCUGGAUUACAAGAUUAAUGUCCUGCCUUCUUAACUAACUAGUCUGUCAGCUUAUGUCAAAGGCCUGUUGGAUUGUCUUUAAGACUGUAGAUUGGUUUACAGUUGGGAAAGAUAAACGAUUAACUUUUCACAACAGAAAUGAUGCCUCAAGCUCUUGAAUUUUAUUGUAUAAUGUAUCCACUGUAAAAGUGUACUUUACUUAGAACAGGCAGUGUCUGUAAUUACUAUAUAAAUGUUGUGCAACGUGAA